AUGGCAAGGAAUCGGCCGUCUCCCAAGUCUUACGGCACGGUACUUGUUGUUGGAGGCUGUGGGUUCCUCGGUUCGCGCGUAGUCGAUCAGCUGCUCAACUUCCCGUCAGAGGACGCAGGCGUGGGCGAGAGUCAACCCGAAUCGCAUCUGGGCCCCGGCAAGGCAUCCAGCAGGGAUGGCGCUGGCAAUGGUCAGUCCCUAGAGCGUCACAGUUACGAAGUACACAGUCCUGCAACCUCCGACAUCACGACGAUCACAUAUCCGAGUCUGCGUUCACGAUAUCCUCCCAUUUCCUCUUCCGGCACUCGAGUCCAUGCCCUCGAUCUCCGCUGCACGCAGCACGUCUUCCCCAAUUGCACGUACCAUGAAGCCGACAUCACGAACGCCGAUGCCCUUUUGGAAGUGUUUCGCAAGGUGAAGCCGGACGUGGUCAUCAACACCGCCUCGCCGUCAUGGGAGGCUCCCGCGGAGAUCUUGAAGAAGGUGAACAUCGAUGGGACACAGACUCUGCUCGAAGUCGCGGGUGGAAAACUUGGUGACUGGGGUGGAACGUGUGGCGUCUUUGUACACACAAGCAGCGCGAGCGUCGUGCAUGACGGGGAGUCAGACCUCAUCAAUGCAGACGAGCGAUAUCCCUACGUCUGUCCGAACCCUCGAGAAUACUACUCGGAAACGAAAGUCCACGCCGAAAAGCUGGCUCUCGAAGCCAACGACAAGCCAGAUUAUGGUCACAUGUUGACCUGCGCCGUUCGUCCAGCCGGUAUCGUGGGAGAAGGCGACAGAGCAGGGUUCAGUGGUGGGAUUCUACGAACAGCCAGCGUUGCGCCGGGAUGGCAGCUACACAUUCAGAUCGGGUCUGGCGAUAACCUCUUUGACAACACCUACGUCCACAACGUAGUGUACGGCCUCCUGUGCGCCGCGGACGCCUUGCUCACCACCCGCGCCCGCCGGCAGUCCGGUAAAGCCAUUGAGCUCGACCAUGAACGCGUGGAUGGCGAGGCAUUCAAUGUGACCAAUGAUCAGCCUGCCUACUUCUGGGACUCCUCACGGUAUCUAUACAGCCGGUACGGUCGGGACAUCAACACGGACAAGAUCUGGGUCCUACCCUCCGGCCUUGCCUACGCGGUGGGCGCUGCAGCGGAAACGUUCAAUUGGCUCUCGGGCCGUAAGGGCAAGCUCAACCGCCAGACGGUGAAAUAUGCCUGUAUCCACCGCUACUACUCAUGCGAGAAGUUGAGGCGGCGCACGGGAUACAUGCCCAUAGUCCCCAUUGAUGAAGGCUUUGCCCGUGCCGUGAAAGAGUAUAAACUCCACGAGGAGGAGACGCGUCAGACCCAGGGUCAAAAGAAGACGCAAUAA